AUGGCGGCCGCGCGCCGCGGAUUCAAACGCAGCGUGCGGGGCGGGGCCAGUGGGCGGCGGCUUCCCGGCGGGGUUCACUGCGCCUGCGCCCCGCGAUUCAAGAUGGCGGACAGUGCGGAACUAAAGCAAAUGGUGAUGAGCCUCCGAGUUUCUGAGCUGCAAGUGCUGCUGGGAUACGCCGGAAGGAACAAGCACGGCCGCAAACACGAACUCCUCACGAAAGCCCUGCAUUUGCUCAAGGCCGGCUGCAGUCCUGCCGUCCAAAUGAAAAUCAAGGAACUGUACAGGCGCCGGUUCCCUCAGAAGAUCAUGACUUCUGCAGACCUCUCCAUCCCCGCUGUCCAUUCGAGCUCCAUGCCGGCGGCUUUGUCACCCUCGGCCAUUCCACAGCUUGCUUAUGACGGCCACCCUGCGACAUCCCCGUUGCUUCCUGUUUCUCUCCUGGGACCUAAACAUGAACUGGAACUGCCCCACCUUACCUCAGCACUCCACCCCGUCCAUCCAGACAUAAAGCUUCAGAAGCUACCCUUUUACGACUUGCUGGAUGAAUUGAUAAAACCAACCAGUCUAGCAUCAGACAAUAGCCAGCGGUUUCGAGAAACCUGCUUUGCAUUUGCCCUCACGCCACAGCAAGUGCAGCAGAUCAGCAGUUCCAUGGACAUUUCUGGAACCAAGUGUGACUUCACCGUGCAGGUCCAGCUGAGGUUUUGCUUAUCUGAAACCAGCUGCCCGCAGGAAGAUCAUUUCCCACCAAAUCUUUGUGUAAAAGUUAAUGGGAAACCAUGUAGCUUACCUGGCUAUCUCCCACCAACCAAAAAUGGGGUUGAACCAAAGCGGCCCAGCAGACCAAUCAACAUCACCUCACUCGUGCGGCUGUCCACGACGGUACCAAACACAAUCAUUGUCUCGUGGACUGCAGAAAUAGGAAGGAAUUAUUCUAUGGCGGUCUACCUUGUGAAACAGCUGUCUUCUACAGUGUUGCUGCAGAGAUUACGAGCGAAAGGCAUCAGGAAUCCGGAUCAUUCUCGAGCGCUAAUAAAAGAAAAACUAACCGCUGAUCCUGACAGUGAAAUAGCGACGACCAGCCUGAGAGUUUCUCUUCUAUGUCCGCUUGGUAAAAUGCGGCUGGCGAUACCUUGCAGGUGCCUGACCUGUUCGCACCUGCAGUGUUUUGAUGCCACUUUGUAUAUUCAAAUGAAUGAGAAGAAGCCCACCUGGGUCUGCCCUGUGUGUGAUAAGAAGGCCCCUUACGAACACCUCAUAAUUGACGGGUUGUUCAUGGAAAUCUUGAAGUAUUGCACAGAUUGUGAUGAGAUUCAGUUUAAAGAAGAUGGUUCAUGGGCUCCUAUGAGGUCAAAAAAAGAGGCCCAGGAAGUGACUUCCACUUUUAAUGGAGUGGAAGGCUGUUUAAGUUCCUCCGUGGACCAUCAGGUGUCUUCGCAUCAACAGUCAAACAAAAAUAAGGUCGAGGUGAUUGACUUAACCAUCGACAGCUCCUCAGAUGAAGAGGAGGAGGAGCCAUCUGUCAAGAGGAACUGCCCUUCCCUGUCGCCUGCGUCACCCAUUAACAACAAGAGCAUUUUGAGUCUCCCGCACCAAGCGUCUCCUGUCUCAAGAACUCCAAGCCUUCCAGCAGUUGACACCAGUUACAUCAACACGUCGCUAAUCCAAGAGUACAGGCAUCCGUUCCACAUGACGCCCAUGCCUUAUGACCUCCAAGGAUUGGACUUCUUUCCUUUCUUGUCCGGAGACAAUCAGCAUUAUAGCACUUCACUUCUAGCUGCUGCGGCUGCAGCCGUGUCUGCCUCGGAUGAUCAAGAACUCUUGCACUCCCGUUUUUUCCCCUACGCUUCGUCCCAGAUGUUUCUGGACCAGCUAAAUGCCGGUGGGAGUGCCACGCUUCCGGCCACGAAUGGUAGCAACAGCGGUAGCAACAGCAGUCUGGUGUCCUCCAACAGCCUCCGAGAGAACCACGGCCACCCAGUGGCCAACCGAAGUAGCACGGAUCCGGCGUCACUCUUUGGGGUCAUCCCGGACAUUAUUUCCUUGGACUGA